AUGGUCAUCUUGGCAAAUUUAGAAAAAUAUCAAAAUUGUAUUGAUAGAAAUGAUUAUCCAGAUGCAAGAAAAUGGCUCUACAUGACGUUGAAGGUGAUGGGUGAUUUUUAUGGUGAUAUUAAUUCAACACUAUCAGCAGCUCAGCUGGCAAUUGAUUCAUCAUCGAGAGAUAUACGACCAUGUGAUCCAAAAAAACACCAACGAGGUGUCACGUAUGAACGACUCGUUCAUUUUAUUCAAGCUGAUUUAUGGUCUGGGUGUUUCAAUGACAGUCAAGCUUUCAAUUGUCAAAGUGAUUUUGACAUCAAUACUGUUUAUUCUAAUGUAAUUUGCAUUUUUAUUUAA